CGCUCGCGCGCUCUAUAUAAGCGCACCGAAUCAAGCUCUGAAUCAUCAUCGUCUCUCCGAAAGGCGUCAACUUCAAGCCGUUUUAGCUACACCCAUUUCUUUCAGUUCUUCUAAUGGCAGUGACCGAAGCGACGGGUCGAGACGGUCCCGACUUCUCCGCGUUGCCCGAAGGGUGCAUCGCCAACGUUGUCUCCUUCACGAGCCCACCCGACGCGUGCAGGAUCGCGUCAGUCUCGCCAGUUUUCAAGUUGGCAUGUGAUUCCGACGUGGUCUGGGCGUCGUUCUUGCCGGCAGACUGCCGCUCGAUGGCCUCCCAGAGCGCUUCGUCGAUGAAGGAGCUCUACUUCAGUCUCUGCGACCACCCCGUUCUCAUCUGCGAUGGCAAAAUGAGCCUUUCGCUGGACAGGCAUAGUGGGAAGAAAUGCAUCAUGCUAUCUGCGAGGGCUCUGUCUAUAACAUGGGGUGAUACUUCGAGAUAUUGGUCUUGGAAUCACUCGCCCAUCUCCAGAUUUGCAGAAGUUGCUGAACUCAUCAGGGUAUGUUGGCUCGAAAUCAGAGGCACCAUUAGUUCUUGCAUGCUGUCGCCGGGAACCCUUUAUGCAGCGUAUUUGGUAUUCGAUGCCAGCACGUCUGAAGGAUUUGAAUUGCGGCCUAUAGAGGUUGGAGCUGGAUUUGCUGGUGCUGAAGUGGGCAAACAGGAGCGCGCUGCUUAUGUAUCCAGAGCGAUGACGGCGAGGUUUGGUUUUCAGGGCAGGUCGCCAUGGUUUGCAUCUGCAUGGCUAGAGUUAUGUGAGAAUGGGAAUUUUCCUAAAGAGAGGCGAGAUGGGUGGUCAGAGAUAGAGUUAGGUGAGUUCCUAACGAAGGAUGGAGAAGAUGGGGAGGUUGAAAUGCUUUUCAAAGAGACGAACGGUGGUAAUUGGAAGUCCGGACUGGUUGUGGAAGGGAUCGAAAUUAGGCCCAAGGAUAGGAAAUAA